AUGACGAAGGCGCGAGUGGAUAUUAUCAAUCAUACUGUCGCAAAGUCGGACGGGACCUACGUCGGCGCUGAAGUCCUCGAGGGGGUAACCCUCGACGGCGUUGAUGCUCAGCUGGGAAUCGGGCUGGACGACAGCGAAGCCACCGGAGACUGUCGUUGUGCGACCGUUAGCAAUUUGGCUCGACUGAAGAGUUGUCUGUCACGGAACAACUCGGGCGCAAAGAUCGAACGUACGGAAGAACUGCUUGGUAGCGCCACCCUCCUCAACGAUCUCAACAAGACCGGGCUUGAGCUGCUCAAUGGAGGGAACGUGGUUGGCAAGGACACCCAUCUCACCGGAGGCGGCGGGGAUGUUAACCUGGGUCCUGUAGUCGCGAAGACGGGUUUGAUGUACCUGGUGAGGAAGGGUCAGGGACAGCUUGAUCUUGUCGGCAACGGCCUCGGCGUAUCCACGGCGCUGGAUGGGAGCGCUGAAGAGGGAGGGGCGGGCCCUCAGGGCAGAGCGAGUGAAGCGGAAGGAGCUCAUUGUGCAAUGGAUGGGGAUGCAAAGGCUGGAGAGUCCCUAUUGAAGGUUGCGUUGCAAAGGUCGAAGUCGGAGCCGGUUGUUCCCUAG